UACAGUUCACCACAUCAACAAGGCCCACAGCCUCCUCUUUCUGUAAAAGCAGACCCUUGCCCUCUAUGUUGGGCAACGUUUAUCUUUCACACGCGCCUGAACGCACGAGCUCCGGUGUGCAUGAGCGACAGCGAAGCCGCAGCUGCGCGGAGCGACAAGUCCGCUGAAAAUCCUCAUCCUGAGCUGCUGGACUGCUGCGGAGGUCUCAACAACGUCGAUUACUCCAAGAUGGACUUGACCCUGAUGGAAGAUCUCCUAAGACACAUUAACUUUCACGAUUCCAGCUUUUGCAUGGCUGUGAUUGCCAUCGUUUUCAACCCUUUGUUCUGGAACAUGGUAGCAAGAUGGGAGCAUCGUACCAGGAGACUCUCCAGACUCUUUGGUAGCCCCUACUUGGCCUGUUACUGCCUGGGCUUUGUCAUCAUUCUGCUCAAUGUUUACCGCAGCCACAGUAUUACGAUGGUGAUGAAGACCCAGGCCAGGUGGGAGUUGAUAGAGCGGACCGAUGUUUUCUACGCUGGAAUAGCUCUCAUGGUUUUGGGCACUCUACUGGUGGUCAGCAGCUUCAUCUCUCUGGGCUUUACUGGAACCUUUCUAGGUGACUACUUUGGCAUCCUCAUGGAUGAGAAGGUGACAGGUUUUCCAUUCAAUUUGAUAGAGAACCCAAUGUACUGGGGCAGCACCGCCAACUACCUCGGCCUGGCACUCAUCGGUGCCAGUCCUGCUGGUUUGGUCCUGACCAUCAUAGUGGCCGUGGCUUACAAGGUGGCAAUAAGAUUUGAGGGACCAUUCACUGAACAGAUCUAUCAGGAGAGAAGUCGGCGUUCUAAGCAUAAGUGAUCACCUCCCUCCCAGACACUUCCUGCACCUCGUUCGGCUGAAGAUUCCCAUCCAGUCAUAUGGACACAUAGGCAGACUUGCCACUAAGCCUUGGGUGAUCAAUAGACCUCCACUGUGGAUUCAAAGGAAAAUGUUGUCACUUCUGAUCCAGAUCUUCCUCUUUUUAUUUUGUCUUAAUGAGAAUAUGUGCAGCAAUUUAAUUAAUCCUUCAAAGCCUGACCUCUAGAAAAAAAUAGCAAGAAUUAAUCUGAGGUCUUUAUUUGGUCUUUGAACAAAAUGUAAAAAAUAACAAUCAAAAUAAUAAUAUUGUUUGUAU